AUGGACAACAUCUUGGAGAUUCUACAGACCAUUCAUAUUGGUGCAGUCGUUGCAACUUUCCUUUUCAACACUGGACGUAUUAUAAAAGCAGUAGACAUCUUUAACGAAUGUUUGGUGCUCCUUAACGGUAAAGCCCUAGAGACAAUCAAAGAACUUACCACACCACUUCUUAUCUAUGUAUACCGUAAACUUCUUGAUGGCUAUACUUGUGUGUACGAUCACACCCGUGCGAUAGAAUGUGGUAAAAAGCUUCUAGUGACACUACACAAUAGUGACCAAAAACAAGUAGAAGGGAUGACAUUACUUAAACUAGCGAACAUCUACUAUCAAAGAAGCAAAUACGAGAAAGCAAAACAGUUUUACGAGAAGGCACUCAGCAUCAUGAUUGAGGCUGGAAAUAAUCGCGGAGUUGGAACAUGUUACGGAAAUCUAGGGACCGUGUUUCUUUCUGUUGGUCAAUAUACCAAGGCUGAAGAAUACCUUCAUAAAGCACUAGUGAUCAGGAAAGAAAUCGGUGACAAAGAAGGGGAAGCAUCAGAUUACGGAAAUCUAGGAACUUUGUUUCAUUAUGUUGGUCAAUAUACAAGGGCAGAAGAGUACCUUCACAAAGCACUAGUGAUCAGGAAAGAAAAUGGUGACAAACAAGGAGAAGCAUCUGAUUACGGAAAUCUAGGAACUGUGUUUAAAUCUGUUGGUCAAUAUACGAAGGCAGAAGAGUACCUUCAGAAAGCACUAGUGAUCAGGAAAGAAAUCGGUGACAAAGAAGGGGAAGCAUCAGAUUACGGAAAUCUAGGAACUUUGUUUCAUUAUGUUGGUCAAUAUACAAGGGCAGAAGAGUACCUUCACAAAGCACUAGUGAUCAGGAAAGAAAAUGGUGACAAACAAGGAGAAGCAUCUGAUUACGGAAAUCUAGGAACUGUGUUUAAAUCUGUUGGUCAAUAUACGAAGGCAGAAGAGUACCUUCAGAAAGCACUAGUGAUCAGGAAAGAAAUCGGUGACAAAGAAGGGGAAGCAUCAGAUUACGGAAAUCUAGGAACUUUGUUUCAUUAUGUUGGUCAAUAUACAAGGGCAGAAGAGUACCUUCACAAAGCACUAGUGAUCAGGAAAGAAAAUGGUGACAAACAAGGAGAAGCAUCUGAUUACGGAAAUCUAGGAACUGUGUUUAAAUCUGUUGGUCAAUAUACGAAGGCAGAAGAGUACCUUCAGAAAGCACUAGUGAUCAGGAAAGAAAUCGGUGACAAAGAAGGAGAAGCAUCAGAUUACGGAAAUCUAGGAAUUGUGUUCCUUUCUGUUGGUCAAUAUACCAAGGCUGAAGAAUACCUUCAAAAAGCAGUAGUGAUCAGUAAAGAAAUCGGUGACAAAGAAGGAGAAGCAUCAAAUUACGGAAAUCUAGGAGCUGUGUUAAAAUUUCUUGGUCAAUAUACCAAGGCUGAAGAAUACUUGCAAAAAGCACUAGUGAUCAGGAAAGAAAUCGGUGACAAAACAGGAGAAGCAUCUGCUUACGGAUAUCUAGGAACUGUGUUUAAAUCUGUUGGUCAAUAUACCAAGGCUGAAGGAUACCUUCAAAAAGCACUAGUCAUUAGGAAAGAAAUCGGCGACAAAGAAGGAGAAGCAUCAGAUUAUGGAAAUCUAGGAACUGUGUUUCUUUCUGUUGCUCAAUAUACCAAGGCUAAAGAAUACCUUCAAAAAGCACUAGUGAUCAGCAAAGAAGUCGGUGACAAGAAAGGAGAAGCAUCAGAUUACGGAAAUCUAGGAACUGUAUUUAGAUUACUUGGUCAAUAUACCAAGGCUGAAGAAUACCUUCAAAAAGCAAUAGUGAUCAUGAAAGAAAUCGGUGACAAAAGAGGAGAAGCAUCUGCUUACGGAAAUCUAGGAACUGUGUUUCAAUCUGUUGGUCAAUAUACCAAGGCUGAAGAAUACCUUCAAAACGCACUAGUGAUCAAGGGAGAAAUCGGUGACAAAGAAGGAGAAGCAUCAGAUUACGGAAAUCUAGGAAUUGUGUUCCUUUCUGUUGGUCAAUAUACCAAAGCAGAAGAGUACCUUCAGAAAGCACUAGUAAUCACGAAAGAAAUCGGUGACAAAAAAGGAGAAGCAUCUGCUUACGGAAAUCUAGGAACUGUGUUUAAAUCUGUUGGUCAAUAUACCAAGGCUGAAGAAUACCUUCAAAUAGCGCUAGUGAUCAGGAAGGAAAUCGGUGACAAAGAAGGAGAAGCAGCAGUUUACGGAAAUCUAGGAAGUGUGUUUCAAAAUGUUGGUCAAUAUACCAAGGCUGAAGAAUACCUUCAAAAAGCACUAGUGAUCACGAAAGAAAUCGGUGACAAAAAAGGAGAAGCAGCAGUUUACGGAAAUCUAGGAACUGUGUUUAAAUGUGUUGGUCAAUAUACCAAGGCUGAAGAAUACCUUGAGAAAGCACUAGUGAUCAGGAAAGAAAUCGGUGACAAAGAAGGAGAAGCAUCUGCUUACGGAAAUCUAGGAACUGUGUUUAAAUCUGUUGGUCAAUAUACCAAGGCUGAAGAAUACCUUGAAAAAGCACUAGUGAUCAGAAAAGAAAUCGGUAACAAAAAAGGAGAAGCAUCAAAUUACGGAAAUCUAGGAACUGUGUUUCAAUCUGUUGGUCAAGAUACCAAGGCUGAAGAGUACCUUCAGAAAGCACUGGUGAUCAGUAAAGAAAUCGGUGACAAACAAGGAGAAGCAUCUGCUUACGGAAAUCUAGGAACUGUGUUUAAAUCUGUUGGUCAAUAUACCAAGGCUGAAGAAUACCUUGAAAAAGCACUAGUGAUCAGAAAAGAAAUCGGUAACAAAAAAGGAGAAGCAUCAAAUUACGGAAAUCUAGGAACUGUGUUUCAAUCUGUUGGUCAAGAUACCAAGGCUGAAGAGUACCUUCAGAAAGCACUGGUGAUCAGUAAAGAAAUCGGUGACAAACAAGGAGAAGCAUCUGCUUACGGAAAUCUAGGAACUGUGUUUAAAUCUGUUGGUCAAUAUACCAAGGCUGAAGAAUACCUUGAAAAAGCACUAGUGAUCAGAAAAGAAAUCGGUAACAAAAAAGGAGAAGCAUCAAAUUACGGAAAUCUAGGAACUGUGUUUCAAUCUGUUGGUCAAGAUACCAAGGCUGAAGAGUACCUUCAGAAAGCACUGGUGAUCAGUAAAGAAAUCGGUGACAAACAAGGAGAAGCAUCUGCUUACGGAAAUCUAGGAACUGUGUUUCUUUCUGUUGGCCAUUUUACCAAGGCUGAAGAAUACUUGCAAAAAGCACUAGUGAUCAGGAAAGAAAUCGGUGAUAAAGAAGGAGAAGCAUCAGAUUACAUAAAUCUAGGAACUGUGUUUAAUUUUUAUGGUCAAUAUACCAAGGCUGAAGAAUACCUUCAAAAAGCACUAGUGAUCACGAAAGAAAUCGGUGACAAAAGAGGAGAAGCAUCUGCUUACGGAAAUCUAGGAACUGUGUUUCAAUCUGUUGGUCAAUAUACCAAGGCUGAAGAAUACCUUGAAAAAGCACUAGUGAUCAGGAAAGAAAUCGGUGACAAACACGGAGAAGCAUUAGGUUACGGAAAUCUAGGAACUGUGUUUCAAUCUGUUGGUCAAUAUACCAAGGCUGAAGAAUACAUUCAAAAAGCACUAGUGAUCAGGAAAGAAAUCGGUGAUAAAGAAGGAGAAGCAUCUGCUUACAGAAAUCUAGGAAAUGUGUUUCAAUCUGUUGGUCAAUAUACCAAGGCUGAAGAAUACCUUCAAAAAGCACUAGUGAUCAGGAAGGAAAUCGGUGACAAAGAAGGAGAAGCAUCAGAUUACGGAAAUCUAGGAAGUGUGUUUAAAUCUUUUGGUCACUAUACCAAGGCUGAAGAAUACCUUGAAAAAGCACUAGUGAUCAGGAAAGAAAUCGGUGACAAACACGGAGAAGCAUCUGCUUACAGAAAUCUAGGAACUGUGUUUCAAUCUGUUGGUCAAUAUACCAAGGCUGAAGAAUACCUUCAAAAAGCACUAGUGAUCGGGAAAGAAAUCGGUGACAAACAAGGAGAAGCAUCUGCUUACGGAAAGCUAGGAGCUGUCUUUGUUUCGUUUGGUCAAUAUACCACGGCAGAAGAAUACCUUCAAAAAGCACUUGUGAUCAAUCAAGAAAUCGGAGACAAAGCUGGUGUUGGAGUUUCAUACUUAAAUUUGGCAAACCUUUGUCGAGAAUUUCAACUUACUGCAAAGUGUCAAGAAUUUGCUAAUAAAGCACUUGAGAUAAGUUACGAAAUAGGGGACAUUGAAAUGCAGUUUGAAAGCCACCUUUCCAUUGCUGUGAACGAGUUAGUGACAGGAGGAAGCGUAACUGAACUUCUGCGAAAUCUGCUUGAAAGCAUUCAGAAGUGCGAGGAAAUGCAUGAUUUUUUAAGAGCGAAAGAUCAAUUCAAAAUUUCAUUUUUUGAUGAGCAUGUGUCCCCUUACCUUCUUCUUUGUACGUUGUUAAUUGCUGGAAGCAGUUAUUAUGAAGCUCUUUACGUUGCCGAGCUUGGACGAUCCAGAGCACUGACAGACGUACUUUCAGAUAAUUACUCUGUGGAAAAAGGGAUAUCAGUCAACCCACAGUCAUAG